GGAAUGGGAGUGGGGCCAUCUCCUACACCUAAUCGUUUUAAGCGUAAUAUGCGAGAGUGGUUGUGGGUGGGGCGGAAUUUGUAUUAGUGGAGGUUUAGCAGCGGGAGAUGAUGAUGAUGAUGGCUCUUAUGCUAUGAAUGCUGUUUGGUUCUGGUGAGUAGUGAGUAGUGACAGCCUGUUCCGUGAUUAUUAUUAUUUUCGCUUUACAAGUUGCUGUGAAGUGUACUGGAAUAUAAAGAUCAAGAAAGAAGACACAGUGCCCACGCUUUCACGUGGCGGGUCAUCCAUUACCCAACGCGACGUUGAUCUCUUUGCUGUCUUCUACCACAGCCCAGAAUCUUCUUCGAUGGGACAAAAAGAAAGCGAGGAUUAUUAACUUGCUCUUGAAAAAGGGUAAGAGUAGGAGGACCGUUAACUAAAGUACAAUGUCACUAAUGAUAGAAAUAAUGUAGUUUGAAUGAAUUUAGAUCUAAAUUUUAUGGAUAAAGAAGUUUUCCCCUCCCCCUCUUUUUUGGAAAAGUGCCAAUGCAUAUGUAGAAAAACUGAAAAAGGGAGCGGGGAAGGAGGAGCAACCAUUUGACUUGGGACACAUAAUUAACUAUCUGAACAUGACUCGUACAUAUAUAUACCCUUUGAAGUUGUGAAAAUGGUGUUCGGUGUUCCUCUGUCCCGUCCCAUUGGGAGUACAGAUCGAGAUGAGACGUAAGAAUGUUUUAUGAAUGCCGAAUGCUAACUAGUAAUCUCCGGGGGGGGACCUUAUAUUGAUUUGAUCGAAAUGUAUCCUUUUAUCCUUAUUGCUCAGGACAGACAUGCAUGUCUUUAUGCAUCUAUAUAUGCCAAUGUCACGUUCACUCUCCUUGGUUGCUUCACUGGAUCAAUUGCUUAUAAUACAACCAAGAAAACAAAAAACUGAAAAUCGAAGAAGGCAAAUAAGAAAAUGGUGAAAUAUUAUCAUAUCCUGAGUCUCUCAACUCUAUCCUUGUUUCAAUGCUUCUUCUUCUUCAUACCAUUACCAUGUGCUGCUACCACUACUACCAAGUCUGCUGGAAUUCAGCCAACCAAGCUUGUAGACGCUGUUUGUCGGAAAACUUAUUCGAGUUACUCGUUCUGUGUGGAGUCUCUCUAUAGCGACCCAAGGACUCCAACUGCUGACAGCUAUGUGCUUGCCUACAUCUCCUUUGGGUUGGCGUACCUCAAUGCCUCCACCACCCAACAGCAUGUUGCCCGCCUGUUAAACAAGACAGCAGCAGGGCAUAGCCAGCAGCAGCUGCAAAGAUGUUACCAUGAUUACAACAAGGCCAUUUCUGCGCUGCAACUCGCUUACAACGACCUGAAUUCCGAAACCUUCUUUGAGCUUGCUGAUUUGGCAGGUGUUGCUUCUCUUGCUGCCGAUGACUGCCAAGCUACUUUGAAAGUGAAUACCACUUUUUCCCCUCUCACCAACAUGAAUAGUGAUCUCAAGGGUCUCUGUAAAAUCUGUGUGGUUGUCUCUAAACUCUUUACUGGACUUGCUCUGAAAUGAGAGUUUAUUUUUAUUUUAUGAUUCAUGUGAACCAACUAGAAUGCUAUAGUGAAUGUUGAUAAUGACAAAACAGAUGUGGGUACUGAGUGCUCUUCUCAAACAAUCGACUAUGGCUUAAUAUUUUGAGG